GGACGUAGGUGCCGACUGGCGCUGGGAGGGGAGGAGCGCGGAGCCCACGCGCCGCCCGACCCCGGCGGAAAGUUUUCCCUGGCGGAGUUUUGGUGGCGGCGGCGGCCGGAGCGGCCAUGGACGCGCUCAAGUCCGCCGGGAGGGCGCUCAUCCGAAGCCCCAGCCUCGCCAAGCAGAGCUGGGGGGGCGGCGGCCGACACCGGAAGCUGCCUGAGAACUGGACAGACACCCGGGAGACACUGCUCGAGGGGAUGCUCUUCAACCUCAAGUACCUGGGCAUGACGCUGGUGGAGCAGCCCAAGGGCGAGGAGAUGUCCGCGGCCGCCGUCAAGAGGAUCGUGGCCACGGCCAAGGCCAGCGGGAAGAAGCUGCAGAAGGUGACUCUCAAGGUGUCCCCACGGGGGAUUAUCCUGACCGACGGCAUCACCAGCCAGCUCAUUGAGAACGUGUCCAUUUACAGGAUCUCCUACUGCACGGCAGACAAGAUGCACGGCAAAGUGUUUGCCUACAUCGCCCAGAGCCAGCACAACGAGAAUCUCGAGUGUCACGCCUUCCUCUGCACCAAGCGGAAAAUGGCUCAGGCUGUCACCCUCACAGUAGCCCAGGCCUUCAAAGUUGCCUUUGAGUUUUGGCAGGUGUCCAAGGAAGAGAAGGAGAAGAGGGAGAAAGCCAGCCAAGAGGGCGGGGACGGCCUGGGCGGGGGCCGCGGCAGCAGCACCCCCUCGUUGAAGAACUUGGUCGCCACGGGGAACCUGCUGGACUUGGAAGAGAUGGCCAAGGCCCCGCUGUCCACAGUCAGCGCUAAUACCACUAACGUCGACGAGGCCCCGAGGCCUCCAGCCUUGAGUAACAGCAGUGUUGUCUGGGAGCUGGAUGACGACCUGGAUGAAGCAUUUUCAAGGCUCGCCCAGUCUCGGACGAACCCUCAGGUCCUGGACACUGGACUGACAGCACAGGACAUCCAUUACGCCCAGUGCCUCUCGCCGGUCGACUGGGACAAGCCUGACAGCGGCAGCCCUGAGCAGGAGGACCUCUUCAGCUUCUGAGCGCCCAGGGCUGGUGGGGCGUGUGACCACAGCCACCUGCAGUUGGGGUGGGGCAGCCCCAGGCCCCCCGGCCCCCCAGCCCCCCUUUUCCGGUGGGCAGCUCUGUCAGCCUGCAGAUCAAAGCUGCAGCCAGUCAAGCGAAGGGAAGGAGACGUGUUGUCUAACCCCACUCUCUAAGAACUGAAAGGGGCUUGAGUAUUUAUUCAGUGACUUCUGGUUCAGCUCGGAAGCUGGGUUUGUGUCAGGCACGAACACGGUGUUACAACCAGCUUCCUGCCUUCUCUUGAGCAAGCUCUGCUGGGCUGUGGGUGUCCGGACGGCGACCAAAGCAUUUCUCGUCCCUUUUCUCUGAGGACCCAGAUUUCCCCGGCGGCAGCGGCGGCCCUGCCCCUCACUGAGGGCAGCAGAGCACUCGUUUCUGCCUUCUGAGCACAGGAGGGCACCGCAGCCUCGGCAGAGACUGUCCCUCCAGCUCAUCUGCUGCAGGGGCUCCAGCAGGCCCGGGGGUCCUCGGAGACAGAGGGGCAGCCCCUGACCAAAGACGACACAGCUGGCACUUUAAAGCACACGCAGCAGGUGUGGCGCCCAGGGUGCCCGAUGGCGCUGCCGUGCAGAGAGCUUUCUCGCUGCCCUUCCACGAGCAGGGACCCAAAGUCCCCAGGACGUCCGUCAGUGCGCUGCCCACGGACUCCCAGAGUCUGACCGCGUGACUGCCCUCCGUCGGCGCCCCCACCCCACCCCUCUCCCCGGGACUGAUGAGCUGUGCUCUCUUCCCUUUCGUCUGUGUGUCUGUGUGAGUGUCCCUGAGCCCCUCCCCCAUACUUCCUGGAUUUGACGAAGAAUAUUUUGUUGCCCUUUUAUAGAGAGAAAACCAAGGCCACCAGCAUGGAAGGGGUAGAGUCUAGAGUAGAGCCCAGGCCUGAUGCCAAAGCUGCCUUCUCACCUGUGCCUCCCACAGUUCACACGUUCUUUUUUCUAGCUUUGUUGUCCCCCCAGAAACCAAAAAACCCAGCUAUUUUCUGACCAAAAUGUGUUUCGUAACAAACCAUCUGGUGCCUUUCCACACGGAACUGGCAGGAGCCUCCUUGCUUGCUGCCUCGUUGCUAUUGAUUUCCGUGAAAAUGGAAUUGUUUGAAGACUGUUCAUUCGGACUGUUAAACAAAACCAAACUCUAAGCACCUGGACACUCUGACCCCGGGUCGGGACGCACCAGCAGCCGGCUAUUUUCAGGGUGUUCCCUCCUCCUCCCUCUUCAUCCGCCCCCCCCCCCCCCGGGCUCCCCGCAUCCUGACACCCAGCCAAGCUGUCAGCACCUUCUCCGUCCCGAGGUGCCUCCCGGGCCCGGCUUUGCUAACCUCAAGUCAGACACUGCUGGUAGUUGGAGCAGGUUUCACCAGCCCAGGAAAAACACACCAUUUCUUAGAAUCUCCUUAUCUAAGUGCUUAAACCAAAAUACAAAGACCAAAGUGCCUGGGUGAGGGGUGGGGUGGGAUUUGCAGGGUCUUUAUCAGGAUAGAACAGCCUUUCCCCGCCCAGCUCCUAUACCCCCGCUGCCCUUCCCGGACCUUGGUAUCGGCCCCUGCAUUUGCCACGAGGCAGUGAGGUUGGGCCUGACACGCCGUCCUGGGCACCAGGGUCCAUCCAGGAGGCCUGAGAAAGGCCGGGCUGUGAGUGGGGUGUGGCCUCCAUCGUGGUCUCUGGCCUCCAGCGGUGGUUGUGCUCCCUGUGUGUGCACAGAUAAGUCUUAUUGUGCUUUUCUUUAUGUUGCUGUCAAUGAAUUUCUAAUGAGGAAAAGGAUAAGUAAUAAAUGUUCUCUUUUUGAAAUACAAA